AUGAUAAUUUGGAUGAAAAAAAAUUAUCAAUUUUCCAAAGACUCGAAAAUUAAAAUUCCUUCAUUUAUUGAAUCACUAUUUAACUUGCGACCUAAUGCAUUAACUAUUCCUGAUAAUUCAAAUUAUCAAAAAUAUAUUGAUUCUAUAACAGUCGCAGAUCUUAAUUCAGAAAUGAUUAAUCACACAAUUAAAACUAUUGUUAAAUCAGUGAUUUUAGAAUUUUUAAUCAAAUAUUUAAGAAAUAACAGACCUGAAAUUCCAGAAAGAUCAUACGGAUUAAGAGUUUUAGAUUAUUUCUUUACAGGACAUCCAUUUAUUGAAACAUAUACUUUCUUUUAUUGUAUAUUGUGGAUUAUUUCUGUAAUUAUGAACUUUUCAAUCAUGUGGAACGUUAAUUGUUUAGCUUUUGGAAUAAUUUUAAGACCUCUGUUAUCUAAUGGUGAAAAUAAGAAUGAAAAACUGAGAGAAUCAAAAUCUUUUAAAAUAAUUGUCAAAGAAUGGUUAAUUCUUUCGAUAUUCUACACGAAACCUUUAAUGUGUAAUCCAUAUUUUUCAACUAGUCCUCGAGAUUUUUGGUCAAAUCAGUGGCAACAACUAUAUUAUGAGGCUUUUCAAGAACUUGGUUACCUUCCAGUUCGAAAAUAUUUUAGAAAUAAUAAAACUCUUGGGCAUGUACUAGGAAUAUGCGCUGUUUAUUUGAUAAGUGGAUUGUUUCAUGAUUAUAUUGCAAUAGUGGUUUUUAAUCAUUUUUCGAUAGAUUUUAUAAUAUUUUUCUUGUUUCACGCUUUACUUUUAAUUUUAUGGGAGGUUAUUGAAGGUAGAAUUUUAGGAAGAAGAGGAGACAUCAAAGAUAGUUUUAUUAUCAGGAUUUUUAAAGUGGCAUUAUUUUUAUCAAUUGCGUCAUUUAGUUUGCCACAGUUUGCAGAAACUUACAUUAAGGGACAAUAUAUCCAUUCAUAUCUAGAUAUAAAUAAAUCUUUAGUUAAAUGGGCGGUUAGUUGA